CUGAAAUUCUCUGUGGCGACGAUCUUCUCUAUCUUCUCUCGCGGCCCUGCAGGAUCAAUUAUUAUUAUUAUUGAUGCCGUUCGUCCUUGCCUGCUCUGCUUCUCGACUCACACACAUCCUUCAUUCUCCCACCCACUCCUCCCUGUCCUUAGAUCUGUCGCUUUCCUUUGUCGCAAGGCGAUCUAUUCCAAUUGACACUCAUUAUAGACUGUUCCUUCUUUCGUUUUCUCAUUUUCUCUUCUUGCUUACAUACAAAUAAGCUUUCGGGAUCCGUCCAAGUGCCGAGGCCUUUGGUAUCUGUGCAGUGUUCGUCUCGUGUUUGCGUCGGACCAAGGCCUACUCCCUGAUCUUCUCCCUCUUUUUCAUCUUAUCUCUUUCUUUUCUGUUUUCCUUUGUUAGCUCAGGAUAUAUACAGUCGUUCUUCAUUUGCAGCUUCAACUCAGCAAACGGUUCUGAAGAGAAGUGUGGGAGCACCCAAGUUUGCGUGUUAACAAGACGCCUCAUUUCCAAACGGCUCUCCCGGUCGAGGAUCAUUAUAUCCGUCGAAGUACUAUAGUCUGAAUAUCCUUACAAAUACAUCAGGCUUCUUCGCACUGGAGUGGACUUGCAAGAGAAGAAAGUCGGAGUAAAACGAUAGCGACCCCUGCGUUGACAUUGCUAUGGCGACUGCUAUCCGCUGCAGGUGAACUUCGACAAACAGCGUUCCUCGAAUCUCAUCCAUAUAACAUACACAUAACCUUGACCUUUGUCCUUCCCUCUCUAUCUCUGGAAAACUUCCCUGUAUCCUUCUCCCACGACCUUCCUAUUACUCGUCUAUCUUAUUUUUAUGUCUGUUAUGGCAGCCACGGAAACUUCAUCGGGCGUGGGCGUCCCUGACGGGUCGGCUCUUCCCUGGAUCCUUGACCACUAUCUUCGCUACCCCGGGUCCUAUGAGAUUCCUCUUCGGACCAUGUAUUCGCUGAAUUUCAAGUCGACCAAACGAGCUCCCUCUCCACCGACGUCUGGAAAAGCGCACCCAGAGUCUGCGUUCUCUAAGGGAUACCCCUCCAAGGACUCCCCUCCGGACGCAGCAGCCGAGUUCAAGGCCCAAUUAAUCCGUCAGAUAGCUCGUUUACCGUCGCAGCCGUGCUCACUCCCCCCAAGCUUUAUCACUUCCUUUCUGCGCCGCUGCUUUGCCGCCAAAUUGGACGAGGUCGACUUUCCCCAGGCCUUGACGGGCUUGGAUUACCUCAGAGACCUCGAUAACCGUCGUCGAAAGGAGUACGGUGCAGUCUUGCAGCGGCUGGGCGUUAAUCCUGAUCAGUUGGGCAAGGAGCCCCCUGCUCUCUCGUCUUGGGUUGAAUCUCUCCAACGCCAAUAUGAGGGAGCCGAUGCCCUCUAUGCCCAGGUUUAUCUUGGCCUGCGCCGCUGGGCUUUGAUCAAUGAAAUGCUCCUGGAGCCUUACAACAAGGCCAACUGUAUUGCCAUGCUCAACACCUUGUUCCCACCAGUCACCGACUCAGCAAAGAUGCCCGCCUCGCAGCUGACGCCUCGCAUUCUACAGUCUCAACGAGACGGCUUUUUUCGUUAUAUCUGUGCCAGAGAUACGAGUGGCAGACAGGUCCUAGACCAAGUUGUGAUGCAAGGUGCGCGAGAAGGCGAUGAGACUGGAUGGCCGUUGGUCCGGGAUGCAUUGGACCAGUAUCUGCGAAUCGCCAAUGAAGUUAUCGACCAGUGCUUCGCAGUUCGCGAUCGUACCACUCUGGAAGAAGAGCUUGUGUUUCAGAGCCAUGGCCGUAAGACUCGCAAAGCCGACUCGGGUAUCAGUUUCGGCUCUUCGGAAACGAAUCCUUCCGUCCACAGCAGCACCAGCAGCAUCGAUAUCACAGACAAGCCUCUUCCGCCAUCUCCAACUCGUGAACACACACCGAGACCGGGUGGUUCUACGUUGGAACGACUGGCGCGGGAGCUCCGAAAACUAGGUGAUGGCAACAAAAUCAAAGGUCUGGCAAAGAUGAGAACAAAUAGCGCUCUCAGCUUUCGGUCAGAAAGUCACUCCGACAACUCGGGUGCGGAGUCCCACUUCGACAUAGAUGAUCGCAAACGCAAGCGAUUAGUCUGGGAAGCCAACAACAGGAAGAAAACGCAUGCGAAACAACCCAGCCAUGAUUCUCGUUAGAAAGACCCAUCCAUCGAGAAUAAUAAACGAACGUCAUAACGGAGCACCCCAAAACCCGCGUCAUAUAAGCCACAUCCAAUGGCGGCUAAAAAGUUUUGGAACUCUCUAAAAGCAUUUUGCACUGGGUUGAUAUUAUCAACGCUUGAUUCAUUGUCUAUCCUUUCCUUUUAUCGCAUACACUUAUACCCUUUACAUUCUUUCUCUGGAGGUCUCAGUUGGACUGGCUUUAAUAUACCAUUGGGAGAUUUGGCGUACGGCAUGGCAGGGCAGGGCAAAAAGAUAUCAAAAGAAACCGGGAACACGAACCAAGCAACUUCAUGAUCGACACGUUUAUGAAACAAAAAAGCAACAAAAGACAAAAGUCCUUUGGAAAUUUCCAAAAAAAAAAAGGGUUGUGCAUUUGGCGCAAUUUUCUUUUUUUAUAUCACUGCUAAAUAGUUUUGCUGUUAUUCAUUCGAACGGCUAUUAUGCAGUGCAUACUUGUAUCUUACUGAGAGCACAAUAUAGACCUAUUUGAAAUUGAUUUGCCA